AUGGCUGAUGAACUUGCUUCUCAAGGCUUUGAAAUAGUUACAGAUGAAAGUGGCCAGGAACUUGUCAAAUUGCUGUUUAUGGACGAGAACACCGAGUCGUCGGGUUAUGCGCUAGUUUCCUUAGAGGAUGCGAAAAAGAUCAUGAACGGUGAGGCGACUUUACAGAACUUCGUCGAUGAAGAAGGAAAACAGGUUCUUACCCUCGUUCCCAUUGAUCAGCAUUCCCUUGCCACACAGGAAGCUCCUGCUUCAACCGACGUUGGCCAGUCUGACCCAGUAGAUCAGCAGUCAGAGGACAUUUCAAAGCCAACUAGCGAAAUCACUGCCACACCUCAGUCUAAAAUUGCAACAUUGGCUGACAAGCCCUCUGACGAGGGAACUACAGUUUCAUCUUCUGAUCAUGUUUCUGAAACACCGAAUUCUGUGUCAGUUAAUCAGGAUGUUGAGAUGGCUUCUGUUGCACCCGUCGCCGCGUCUGCAACUGAUGAAGGGUUGGAGCAGUUCACUAUCAGCGAACAAACUGCCCUAUCAGAUGGUCGGCCUGUACAAAUGGUCUCUCUCCUCGAUUCAAAUGGAAAUAUCAUCGACCAGAAACAUGGCCAAAUAGGCACACAGGUCCUUAUGGAGCUUCAUGGUCAAGUCUUUACUUACGAGAUUCGUGGUCCUACUGAGACGGGCGAACCGCUUACGUCAACAUUACUACUGUCAAUGGAGAGUGCGGAAGAACAGGCUGCUGCGGAGGCCACUGCCACUGCAACAUCCAAUAGUACCUCUCAGGCUCAGUGGUCAGUUAGCGAGGAUGGUAGGCAAACUGAUGGAGAUAUCCCUGCAGGUCAACAGUAUACGCUCACAGAAACAACAACAGUUUUCGAUGGAAAAGCCAUCCAGACAGUUGUCCUGGAAGAUGAUAAAGGAAAUUUAAUUGAUCGGAAACAGGGAAACACUGGAGACCAUGUGAUCAUUGAACUCAAUGGACAGUCCUUAGAUUACGUUUUUCUGGGUUCCUCUGACACUGGCGAACCGGUUCAGACGGUGCUUGUUGUAACACAAGACGAGGCGGCCGGAGAGGAAAGUGAGGCUGGUCUGACUGCUGCUGACUGGUGUCCCCCCGGCCUUUCUCAUGAGCUCUACACAACGCUUCGCCGCCAUGCUGAGGCAAUUGUCAAUGAGCGACUCGCAAAUCGACCUGAGCUUUCCAUUUCAGGCGCAGUUUCUGAACCCUAUCAGCGAAAAUUGGGACCAUAUUCCGCUUAUCAAGAAAUGGUUGAGAUCGCAAAGUCGUACGUAGUCGGGGCAAGUCAGGGUGAAACCCUUGAACGCUAUGAAGUUCUUCGGGGUCAUGCGAAGAUUUACCGUUCUAGCCCGCAGGCUCGUCCACUCACUGUUCACGAGAUGGUUAUCAACGAAGUUGCCUCGCAACUUUGCCGUUUUAAGCCAGGCUUGCUAUUUCACAAACGGGAGCUUUACCAACUAGCGCAGAGUGUGGCCGAAGCUUGUUCGCAAGAAAUUAAAGUUGCACAGGCUAGUUACCAACCUCAUCAACUUCAACAACAAUCCCAAUCACUUCAGGCACAUCAGCAACCCGAAAGCGCUGCCGUAAGCGGGCAGGUUGCAACCAACCAAUUGGCAAUACUUGAAUCACGGGGCUUGACCGCCAUCCAGCCAGGCCACGUUCCAGUGAGUACAGCUGUUGUCAUGUCACAGGUUGGAACCGCGGUCAACGCGGCAAACUUAGUGCCAAUUUCAUCAGAAGGCGGAGUGGUUCUUGCCUACACAGCUAAGGACGCUGCGGGUGAUGGUACCACACUAAUUGGGCAACCCGCUAGAGGUAAACAGCCAAUUGGUAACAGUGCCCUCCAGCACUACUUGCCCAGUAUGCCAAUGGUAAAACGAGACCUCACGUACAAGCUAUCGGCUUCUGAGACGGAGGCUCUUCGGUUGGCUGCAGUGAACGCCCUUACUGAUAUUCCGACCCCCCUAGAAGUGAAGCCUAAGUCUGAUUGCACAAACAUCGAGCGCGCUUCCUGGGAUCGAGCAAUGGAACUGAUAGCACUGCGUUCGGAAUCGGCUAUCGGAACUACUGACCCUCACGCUGUCGCCAAUUUGCUGGUCAAUGAUGCCACCCGUGUAGAUUCAGUGCGGGAAAUUUCUGCACUCUAUGGAAGAGUCUCACUUCAAUCUGUUAGUGGCCCGUCGCCAGGUUUGGGAGGCCCAGCCUAUGCAGGAGGUGCACAACUGACACCUGCAGCUAGGUCACCCCCAAUUCUUACACCGUAUGAGACUGCUUGUAAUGAAGCCGCUGCUUAUCUUGCCGCAGGGCAACCUGCACUCCUUACACGCCGAAGAGAACUUGUUGAGUUGGCGCGCAAAGUAGUUCGCAAUUCUGGUUGUCAGUUUACUCAUGCCCCUAGUCUUGAUAGAGGGUUCUAUUCUGUAGAUCAGGUUAUGGAGCUAGAUCUUUCGUCCGCGGAACAGUUGCUUCACGAUCCACUUGAACGUUUGGAUUUGAACGAUGUAUCGGACUUGAGCUCUGCUGACGGCAAGGCCUGCUUAAUUACAGAUACUUGUGCUUCAUUGGAUCUUUCUUGUGAAGAGCAUAACAUCCUAGAUGAUGUUGCCAUUUACGCGGCUACUGGAACCGACACACUGAAGAAAGUUCGCAUACUAUCCCUUCCCGACUGCUCUUUUACGGGAAUAAUGCCAAUUUGCCUUAACCAAUGCGUCAACUUGGUAGAAUUAAACCUUUCCAACAAUAAUCUGCAUGCACUGCCCCGGUGUUUACACUUGCCUAAACUGAGACGGCUGAACAUCAGCAAGAACCCGCUGUUGACCCGCUCUGCCAAGGAAGAUGGGCCACCGCCGAUUGAGCAGUUUCCCAGGCUCUCCUAUGUUGAGUUGGAUCCUGAGUUAAAGGAGAUGCUGAAAUUACAAUCUCUGGCUUAUCUUUGCCCUCACUUGGUCUCCAUCAACGGUGAGGACUUUAAAGUUGAACCCACUGAAGAAACAAUCAAGGCCGCCCAAGCAGCAAAACAAGAGUUGGCUGCACUGGUUCGUUCACAGCUUUUUUAUCGCUUUCUAUCCACUGAAAAAGCACCUUCAAAUUUUGGUUUUAGCUAUGCUAAACCAAAACAGGAUAAUCCCCAGCUGGCCCAAAUUCAUUCAAAGUGGGAGGAUGAUUUGGUCGAAUUCUUCAAAAAAAGCGUUCCGUGUCGUGACCUCAUUCGUGUCAUUGAAACCCUCGUCUCACACGCUGUCAAUCAGAGUCUCACAGUGGACGAGCCUUUCAAGCACUGCAAAGCGGUUCUGGCCCGUCGUAUAGCAGAAGAGUUCCUCGCACCGAAGGUGGUAGAUGAUGAAGAUGAGGACGAGCACGCUGUAACUGGGGUCGGUGAUUCCUCUAUUCGAGGUGACACCGAGACUCUUGAAACUGCAGCAACAGCUACUGUCACAGCGGCUUCCACUACUGACGAAAGUCCCACUGCCGUGGCCUCAGAGGAGACCAGUAACAAAGCGAUGGACGUUACGAAUGACUCGUCAGAGACGGAAGCAGUAGAUGGUGAAAAAAAGGACCAGCGAAAAGCCGUAGAGGCCGAACGCGAGGCCGUCGCCGCUGCGCACAACAUGACUCUCCUGCCUGACGAACCAUUGGACCGACUGUCGGGCAUUAUUGGAACUGCAAUGCAGCAUGGCAAGACCGUGGUCUACUCGGUUAUCCGCACCGCUGCACGUCAACCCAACGGGGACCUCAUAAUUCCUGUUGUUGGAGGUAGUAUGGCAAAUGGCGCAGACUCUUCAAAGCAACACGAGGAUAGCCAAGAAAUGAGUGAUUCCGAGAAUAAUGCCCCACCAGCUGCGGCAACCGCUAAACAUCCAACUCACCGUCGCACAACUGUGGGUGGAACCCGUACUGUUCCCUCGGGUGGUGCAGUCCUGGGUUCACGUCGACCCGGUUUGUUGGUUGCUGCGAGAGCCAGUGGCACCACAGCGACUAAACGCUCUUCUGCUGUAGCUCGACGACACAUCGAACAGGAAGAUGAAUACCCAACCGAGAUGUCACUUCAGGAGUCCAUGGGUUACGGUGAUUUGGAUGAACAAGAAGAAGCGGUUGUGGAGAAGCCCGUAAAAACCCCCGGCCACUGGCAGCCAGGCAAGCGAGGCCGACCACCAACCGCACAUUCACAGAAAAAAGCCCUCGCUGAACAGGAGGAGCAGGAGACGGCGGCGAUUCUUCAAAACGUCAAGAUUCCCCCGCCUCACGCUCCACCGCCUGCCACCUUGCGCAUGUCCACCCGCGACUCCAAUCGCAUGAAGCGCUUCUCCGCUUACGGCGCCAUCGACACGGCCGCGGCUCUGGCCGGCCAGCAGGAGGCUCUCAUGGCAGCCGCCUUUGCCCAGGCAGACGAUGAGGGAGAAGGAGGACUCGCUCUAGAAGGCGCGGAAAGCGCUUUGAGAAAAGAAAGUGUUGAGUUGGAGGGAGUGAAAGGUUACGUCGCUGCCGCCGAGGAGGCUGAAGGUGUUCUUCGUUCCGAUGGAGUAGAGGAUGCAGCUCCCGCAGAACCAACGCCCCCUAAAAGGACAAAAAGAGCCACCCUGACAGGCAAAUCAAAGGGCGCCACCCCUCAGCCUGUUGCACAAGCUCCUGUCCCCUCGACCUCGAUGGAACCCGAGAUCGUUCAGACUCUUCCUCCAAAGAACUUUGAAGAUGAGGCACUAAUUCGACAACUUAUCGACAUCUCCAUUAGUGCGGACAGCGUACCUCCUGUGCCCAGUCUCGUUCAACUUGGAGAGGUAGUUGACUAUGACCCUCUGCACUUUAUUCGUUGUCACGCGAGGGACAACGACCCCCUGGACUGUUCCACCAAAGUUUGGCGUUGCGCCUUUGAGCCGAAUCCCCUGCAGCCCAAAAGCUCAACAUCUGUGGUCGCUACCUGUGGCGGAGAAUGCGUUUGCCUCAUCGAUUGCCAGACGGGGAAAGUUCUUAAACGAUUCAAGCACGUCGGAGAAGAGUUCUAUGCGGUUGCGUGGACCACAGUUGAGAUGUCAACGGGGCACCAUACCAAUCUGCUUGCAGCUGCGGGAAAGUUGAAGGAGAUUCGUUUGCUUCAUCCCGAACAGUUGGUUUGCUACGCGGAGAUGAAGGGCCACAAGGAAGAAAUUGCCUGCAUGGUGUUCCAUCCCAACAAACCCACAAUUCUCUUCUCUGGAGACUCUAAGGCGUAUAUCUACGUUUGGGAUAUUGGCGUGCCUUCAGCACCGGAAUACAGGACGAAGCACUCCCUUUUGAUGCGCCUAGUUUGUCCCAGGGCCCACCUGAAUCCCGUGCUUAAUCUCAUCUUCAUGCCAAACUACGAUACCCUCCUGGCUGGCUGUGAAGAUGGCGUCUUCGCAUGGACCAUUCAAGACUUUAAGAAACAGAAGGUCUCAGAAGAGAGAAUGCCAACUAUGGAGAUCAAGGUGCCGACUCGUCGCGAACCCUGCUUCGAUGGCCUGGCCCGAUUGUCCGAAAAUCUCGUCGUGGUAAAGUGUGUCGAGGAAGGUGAACUCUACGUAUUUGACUUCUCACAGAUUCUGCUAAAACGGAAACUUGCGUCCACCUCCAGAAAGGUAAUAACUGCGGAUAUUUUGGGCCAGCUGCGUUGGCAGACGACCGAGGAGAUUUACAUCAAUGUGACCGCUCGGCCAGGCCUUGGAGCUGUUAUCUGCGGUGAUAAUGAAGGCACUAUUUGGCUUUACGAUCUUCAGGAGCAUGUCAUAAAUGAGCAGACUGCCAAGAAGUUCAAAGUCAAGCCUGUAAAGAUUCUCGAAUGGCCGGAAUGCAGUGUAGGCGGAAAUCGGGAGGAGGACCCGCAGGUGAAAGAGAGCAUUAACUCCGGUUUCAAGAACCCCGUUGUUAAUGCUACUGACAUAAGUUCAGAUGGAGUAUUUCUGGUUGCGGUGACGGACAACAACCUUGUAUGUAUAUGGAACUUCUCUGGAUAG